AUGGUCUACCCCUCCAACAUGGUUUACCCCUCCAACAUGGUUUACCCCUCCAACAUGGUCUACCCCUCCAACAUGGUCUACCCCUCCAACAUGGUCUACCCCUCCAACAUGGUCUACCCCUCCAACAUGGUCUACCCCUCCAACAUGGUUUACCCCUCCAACAUGGUCUACCCCUCCAACAUGGUCUACCCCUCCAACAUGGUCUACCCCUCCAACAUGGCUACAACACCUCCUCUGGUCACACCUCCUCUGGUCACCACUCCUCUGGUCACACCUCCUCUGGUCACCACUCCUCUGGUCACCACUCCUCUGGUCACCACUCCUCUGGUCACAACUCCUCUGGUCACACCUCCUCUGGUCACCACUCCUCUGGUCACCACUCCUCUGGUCACCACUCCUCUGGUCACCACUCCUCUGGUCACACCUCCUCUGGUCACCACUCCUCUCCUCUGGUCACCACUCCUCUGCACUCCUCUGGUCACCACUCCUCUGGUCACCACUCCUCUGGUCACACCUCCUCUGGUCACACCUCCUCUGGUCACACCUCCUCUGGUCACACCUCCUCUGGUCACCACUCCUCUGGUCACCACUCCUCUGGUCACCACUCCUCUCCUCUGGUCACCAUCCUCUGGUCACCACUCCUCUGGUCACCACCCUCUGGUCACCUCUCCUCUGGUCACCACUCCUCUGGUCACCACUCCUCUGGUCACCACUCCUCUGGUCACACCUCCUCUGGUCACACCUCCUCUGGUCACCACUCCUCUGGUCACCACUUCUCCUCUGGUCACCACUCCUCUGGUCACACCUCCUCUGGUCACCACUCCUCUGGUCACCACUCCUCUCCUCUGGUCGCCACUCCUCUGGUCACCACUCCUCUGGUCACCUCCUCUGGUCACCACUCCUCUGGUCACACCUCCUCUGGUCACACCUCCUCUGGUCACCACUCCUCUGGUCACCUCUCCUCUGGUCACCACUCCUCUCCUCUGGUCACCACUCCUCUGGUCACCUCUCCUCUGGUCGCCACUCCUCAGGUCACCAUCCUCUCCUCUGGUCACCACUCCUCUGGUCACCACUCCUCUGGUCGCCACUCCUCUGGUCACCUCUCCUCUGGUCACCUCUCCUCUGGUCGCCACUCCUCUGGUCACCACUCCUCUCCUCUGGUCACCACUCCUCUGGUCACCACUCCUCUGGUCACCUCUCCUCUCCUCUGGUCACCACUCCUCUCCUCUGGUCACCACUCCUCUGGUCACCUCUCCUCUGGUCACCACUCCUCUGGUCGCCACUCCUCUGGUCACACUCCUCUGGUCACACUCCUCUGGUCCCCCUCCUCUGGUCACCACUCCUCUGGUCACCACUCCUCUGGUCGCCACUCCUCUGGUCACCACUCCUCUGGUCGCACUCCUCUGGUCGCCACUCCUCUGGUCACCACUCCUCUGGUCACCACCUCUCUGGUCACACCUCCUCUGGUCACCUCUCCUCUCCUCUGGUCACCACUCCUCUGGUCACCACUCCUCUGGUCACCACUCCUCUGGUCACACCUCUUCUGGUCACACCUCCUCUGGUCACUCUCCUCUCACUCUGGUCACCACUCCUCUGGUCACCACUCCUCUGGUCAACCUCCUCUGGUCACCACUCCUCUGGUCACCACUCCUCUGGUCACCACUCCUCUCCUCUGGUCGCCACUCCUCUGGUCACCACUCCUCUGGUCACCCUCCUCUGGUCACCACUCCUCUGGUCACACCUCCUCUGGUCACACCUCCUCUGGUCACCACUCCUCUGUCACCUCUCCUCUGGUCACCACUCCUCUGGUCACCUCUCCUCUCCUCUGGUCACCACUCCUCUCCUCUGGUCACUCUCCUCUGGUCGCCACUCCUCUGGUACCCAUCCUCUCCUCUGGUCACCACUCCUCUGGUCACCACUCCUUGGUCGCCAUCCUCUGGUCACCUCUCCUCUGGUCACCUCUCCUCUGGUCGCCACUCCUCUGGUCACCACCUCUGA